AUGGGCGCAGGAGCCUUCAUAGAACCACUCGUGGUAGUCACCCUGCUCUUCGGAGGUACCUGGGUAAAUCGAAACACCGAAUACCGCCUUAUUGGUCGGCGGAGAGUAUACCAAAACUCGCCACGGUCAAGUUCCCCAGAUUCCGGUCGAUCUAGUCCGUCGUCGAGCGCGUCGCUUCUCGCCAAUGUCGACGAGGAACCCAAAUGGAGGAAACGAGAGGUGGUAGUCCUGGGUAUGAAGAAGGAGGUCAUGAGCCCGAAUACCAAGAGGUUCCAGGAUUACUUCCUCAGUCGCUUGCUGAAGAAGUUUCCCUUCCUUGUGGAGGCCUGGUAUUGGGCGCUUAUCUACUGGGUGUACCAACUAGGUCGCGCAUUCUCCGCAGUAACCAUGGUCGAAGGCACUGUUAACGUCGCUCGCCGCCACGCCCUCCAAAUCAUCCACCUCGAACAGAAACUGCACAUCUUCCUUGAACUCGACGUUCAAGCGUGGUUCCUGAAGCACCCCUUCCUCCUCCACUGGACGAACCGUACAUACUCCUUCAUCCAUAUUCCAGGCACAAUCCUGUUCCUGGUAUGGCUCUUCUACUACACCACAACGCGCAACCGAAUCGAUCUUCCCCUCCACAACAAGCCGAUGGGCGAGGCAGAUGGCAGCCCUGCAGGACCAAUGCUGUAUGCUGCCAGGCGCAGAACGAUGGCCACUUGCAAUCUGAUUGCAUUCAUCGUUUUCACCCUCUGGCCAUGCAUGCCGCCGCGUCUGCUCUCAGACCCCGAGGUUCCCGGCUCCGUAGGCAAGGAGGCGCGUAGCUUCGGUUUCGUCGAUACUGUUCACGGCGCCGAGGGCGAAAGCAGCGUGUGGACGCAAAACAAAUUCUGCAACCAAUACGCUGCCAUGCCUUCCCUCCAUUUCGGGUACUCGCUUCUCAUCGGCCUGACCAUCAUGUCGAUUCCUCUUGCUCCUCAGCACAACCGAUCCCGCACCGUUGCUCUCACCAUGGGUCUGCGUAUGCGUCUUCCAUCGGCCCGCCGCAUGCUCUGCAUCUUCUUGGGUGUCGCAUACCCUGCUAUCAUCCUGGUCGCCAUUGUUGCUACCGCGAACCACUUCAUUCUCGAUGCCGUAGCUGGCGCCAUGGUCUGUGGACUUGCAUGGACUGGCAACAGGGUGCUCUUGAAUUUGCUACCGCUAGAGGACUACUUCCUGUGGUGCGUGCGCAUUCACAAACCUGCGCGCAAGGCCGUCCACUGGGACGGUGACGAAGAUGAGAAUGACUACGGCCAUAAGAGGUUUGGCGCUAAGGGCGUUAUCGUCGAUUAA